AAUCGAGUUAUGGGAUAUGUAGUUUGGUAUGCAAAUUGGCUACGUAUUAAAUGGUUUUCCAUUACUUCGCAUUUGUGGUCUUUUGUUUUAACAAUGGAUGAUUUAGAUGAAGAAGAACAAUUUGCUUACAAACAGAGACUGAAAGCUGCUGUCCAUUACACAGUUGGGUGUCUUACCUCAGAAGUUGCAGAAGAUGUGGGACUUAGUUUCAGCAAGCGUACUAUUGCAGCUAUUGCAGAGACUACAUUCAGGCAGUGUGAGCAGUUUGCUAGGGACCUAGAAAUGUUUGCAAGGCACGCAAAAAGAAGCACUGUGAACACAGAUGAUGUUAAACUGGUGGCAAGAAGAAGUCAGUCUCUGUACAACUUUAUCUCAGAAAAAUGUGAUCAACUCACAGCGAAUAAUCAAGAGCAGAAGGAGAGGAAGAAGAAGAAAUCAAGUAGUGCAAUGAAGGGAGUCAAGUCAUCUGAUAUUCAGUCUGAGUCCGUUGUACAAGAUGAAGACUCCAACAUGGCAUGAGCUGUCAUGGUACCCGCCCUCAGUACUGAGUCAGCUUCCCCAGCUUAGAUGGGACCCUGCAAUCAACAAAAAUGGUGACUGUUUAAAAGGACAGCAGCGGCACUAAACAUACACAUAAUGAUUAGUUUGCGUUUAUGUUGUAUAUUAUUAAUCCUUUGUAUAAAAUGUAGUAUGUAUUUACGCAGCUUGCAUAUUGCUUCCAUUUUUUUUUUCAGAACUGAUGUUAUAGCAGUUGCUGUUUUCCAGCCAACAAUAUUCAUCUGUGCCUGCUGGUAUUUUCUACCAUUUGUAAUGGCAUGUUAUGUUUUAUGUAUGCAGUCAUUAGACUACAAGUAUAACAGAUUAAAUUAGAGAUGAAAGUAACACGAGCUGCAUCUUGUCCUCCCACUUUUCAGGGAAUUCCAACUGCAUCAGAAUUUGUGUCACUUAGAUUGCAUGUGUUGCACUAAAAAUAUCGAAAUAAUGGUUUUGACAGUGAAGGUGAAAACAGAAAUUGCCUUUUUAGAAAGGCACAAAGAUGCAGGCAGAUAAUGGCCCAGGAACCGUUCCCUUUGCCCAACAUGACUUAAAGCAGAAUUCUGUACUACUGAAAUUUUGAAGAAAGUUUGUGCUAAGCUGUAAGUGGCAUAUAGAUCAGACUAUGUUAUUAAAGUAUCUUCACAAGCUAAA